AUGGGUCAAGAUCAUCCAGACUCGCAUCUAUUCCCGCAUGCCACCGGAGCAGCAGCGAAGAUGGUGCAAGAGCAUCAGCAAGAAGCUCCCUUGAAGCUUUACGCCGGCUGGUUCUGCCCCUUCGUGCAACGUGUGCUUCUGGUGCUUCUCGAGAAGAAAAUCCCCUUCCAAUACAUCGAAGUCAACCCCUACCACAAGCCCGCCUCGCUACUGUCCCUCAACCCCCGCGGUCUCGUCCCCACCCUCGAGUACGCCGGCAAGCCGCUCUACGAAAGCACCGUCGUGUGCGAGUUCCUCGAGGACGCGUAUCCGGCUCCCAUGCGCCUGCUCCCCAGCGAUCCGUACGAGAGGGCGCGCGCCCGCAUCUGGAUCGAUUUCGUGACGUCUCGCAUCAUUCCCGCCUUCCACCGCUUCCUGCAAUACCAGCCGAAAUCCGAGGACGAUGAGGGUUUAUCUAGGGUCCGCGAGGAGUUCUUGGAUAAGCUGAGGCAGUUUACGGAGGCGAUGGAUCCCAAGGGCCCUUUCUUCCUAGGGGAGGAAGUGAGCUUGGUGGAUUUGGGCAUCGCUCCUUGGGCUCUGAGGUUAUGGGUGUUUGAUCAUUUCAAGGGCGGGGUUAGAAUUCCCCAGGGAAAGAUCUGGGAGAGAUGGGAGCGCUGGUUGAGUGCUAUUGAGAGCAGGGAGAGUGUGGUGAAUACUACUUCAGAGAAGGAGCAUUACGUGCCGAUUUAUAAGAGGUAUGCUGAUGAUACGGCAAUGAGUGAGCUGGCCAAGGCAACAAGAGAGGGGAAAGGCGUUCCGUAAAUAUAGUUGCAAGUCCCGUA